GUUGCUUGCUGUUAUCUGGGUUCCGUCUCCGUCUCUCUCUGUUUCUUCGAUCUGUUUUUUUUUGACCAAAGAAACUUUUUUUUUUUGGUCUUCCUUAUUCUUUCUUCAAUGUCGUUGAACAUAUCUGACGAUACUUGAAUCUCACUCUUUCUUCUCUUCUAUUCUCUGUUUUUAGUCACAAUUUCAUCUAUAUCUCCUCUCACUUUUGUUUUUGAGAAUUUUCGAUCCCAAGCUUUUCUCAGAGAAUUUUGACUGGAAAUUUCGUAAUUAGGGUUUUUGAUUUGAGGCAUUAUUCUACGAUGAAAGCUUCGAUUGAGAAGUUAAGGAGAUUAACAUCGCAUUCACAUAAGGUUGAUGUGAAGGAGAAAGGAGAUGUCAUGGCUACAACACAAAUCGACGAACUCGAUCGAGCCGGGAAGGAUAUGCAAGAUAUGAGAGAAUGUUACGAUAGACUACUCGCUGCAGCUGCUGCCACGGCAAAUAGCGCAUAUGAGUUCUCUGAGUCGUUGGGAGAAAUGGGUUCUUGUUUGGAGCAAAUCGCGCCUCAUAACGACGAAGAGAGCAGUAGAAUCUUGUUUAUGUUGGGUAAAGUACAGAGUGAGCUUCAAAGACUUCUUGACACAUAUCGUAGUCAUAUAUUCGAAACUAUUACAUCCCCGUCCGAGGCGCUUCUCAAGGACCUCAGAUAUGUUGAGGAUAUGAAGCAACAAUGCGACGGGAAGAGGAAUGUGUAUGAGAUGUCGCUAGUGAAAGAGAAAGGAAGGCCUAAAAGCAGUAAAGGAGAGAGACAUAUUCCUCCUGAGUCUCGACCUGCUUACAGUGAGUUUCAUGAUGAAGCCACAAUGUGCAUUUUUCGAUUGAAAUCGCUUAAAGAAGGACAAGCUCGUAGUCUCCUAAUACAAGCAGUCCGUCACCACACUGCUCAGAUGCGUUUGUUUCACACUGGACUGAAAUCGCUCGAGGCAGUUGAGCGUCAUGUAAAAGUUGCUGUAGAGAAACAACACAUUGACUGUGAUCUAUCUGUUCAUGGGAACGAGAUGGAAGCUAGCGAGGAUGAUGAUGAUGAUGGCCGAUACAUGAAUAGAGAAGGAGAACUCAGUUUUGAUUACAGAACAAAUGAGCAGAAGGUAGAAGCUUCUUCUCUCUCUACACCAUGGGCCACAAAGAUGGAUGAUACAGACCUCUCGUUUCCUCGCCCUUCUACAACAAGACCAGCAGCGGUAAAUGCUGAUCAUAGAGAAGAAUAUCCAGUUUCAACCCGCGAUAAGUAUUUGAGCAGCCAUUCAGCUCCGUUGUUCCCAGAAAAGAAACCUGAUGUAUCAGAGAGGUUGAGACAGGCGAAUCCAUCUUUUAAUGCCUACGUAUUACCAACACCAAAUGAUUCAAGGUACUCAAAACCGGUUUCCCAAGCAUUAAAUCCGAGGCCAACAAACCACAGUGCCGGAAACAUAUGGCAUUCAUCUCCGUUAGAGCCGAUAAAAAGCGGGAAAGAUGGGAAAGACGCCGAAAGCAACAGCUUCUACGGCCGCCUCCCUCGGCCUUCUACAACAGACACGCAUCAUCAUCAGCAGCAAGCAGCAGGAAGACAUGCAUUUUCUGGACCUCUCAGACCGUCCUCAACAAAACCCAUCACCAUGGCUGACAGUUAUUCAGGCGCUUUUUGUCCUCUGCCGACUCCUCCAGUACUCCAAUCUCACCCUCAUUCAUCAUCUUCUCCAAGAGUCUCCCCUACCGCUUCACCUCCUCCUGCUUCUUCCCCAAGGCUCAACGAGCUUCACGAGCUUCCAAGACCCCCAGGCCACUUUGCACCACCUCCAAGACGAGCCAAGUCCCCUGGUCUGGUUGGUCACUCAGCGCCUCUAACCGCAUGGAACCAAGAAAGAAGCACUGUCACUGUUGCUGUUCCGUCCGCCACCAACAUUGUGGCCUCGCCGCUUCCGGUUCCUCCGUUGGUUGUCCCUAGAAGCUACUCUAUACCUUCAAGAAACCAGAGAGUUGUUUCUCAACGGCUGGUCGAAAGGAGAGAUGAUAUAGUAGCAUCCCCACCGUUAACACCAAUGAGCCUGUCUAGGCCACUUCCUCAAGCCACAGGAGUUGCUCAGACCAGUCAAAUCAGAGGUAUAAUCGAUUCUUUCAAACUCAUUUUAUGCGUUUACGUGAAAUAAUCUUACAGAAAAAGAAUGAUAUUUUUGAAACAUAAAAGCAUGUUCAGUUUUCCAUAAAACACAAAUGAAAUGUUCUUGUUUAACUUUUGUUUGCGUUUGGCGUUUAGAAUGACACUUUCAAUCUACACGCAAACGCAAACGACUCGAAAAUGUAACUGCAUGAAGUAUUUUUAAAAUGUAAUUGCAUGAUUCAUAAAUGGAAUUUGUUUGCUGUGGAUUUAUUGAAACCUCCAUAGGUUAUUAAUCAUGCAGGAGUAGGAAAGCUGAUCGAACGAUGAGGCUUCCGCGUCUGCGUCACGUUUGACCAAAACGCUGAUUGUACAAAUUCAGAGAUCUUCACAAGUGAAUAUAGAAGUCAGUAUAUGUAUUAUUCUUUAGUUGGUUAAUCUCCUUUUUUUUUUCCCAUUGUAAAUCUGAAGCCUCUGCUCUUUAUUCCCUUUUCAUUUUCAAUCCCCUCAAUUUUUCUUCUUUCAUCCCCUUCUAUAUCCGAAACCUCAAAAUAAAAUUUUCAAAAAUGCAAAAGUAUAUAACGUAUGAAACUAAGUCUAUGUCUGUCCAUUUCCGUUGUCGGGAUGGGAAGGCCCCCAAAGUGCGUUUAAGAUAGCGUAAAACCGUCUAAUACA